CUUUACGCCACUUCACCAGCUUUAUAAGUCUUGUUUAAUGAGAUUUUGUUUGUGUUUUUGUAUUGCUAAAAGCUUUUCCAUACAAAAUGAAUAGCAUGGAGAACUUGGAGAAGCAGCUGACUUGUCCUAUAUGCCUGGAAAUGUUUACUAAGCCUGUGGUUAUCCUGCCCUGCCAGCACAACCUCUGUAGAAAAUGUGCCAAUGAUGUUUUCCAGGCUUCGAAUCCAUACCUCCCAACAAGGGCUGGCUCUUUGACAUCUGGUGGCCGAUUCAGAUGCCCGUCUUGCAGACAUGAGGUGGUUCUGGACAGGCACGGGGUUUACGGGCUGCAAAGGAACCUGCUGGUUGAGAAUAUUAUUGACAUGUUCAAGCAGGAGUCCAGCAGCAGCAAGCCAACGCCAGAGAGCAUAGAAGAAACGCCCAUGUGUGAUGUUCAUAAGGAUGAAAAGAUCAACAUUUACUGCGUGACCCACAGCGUGCCCACAUGCUCCAUGUGUAAGGUAUUUGGAGCCCACAAAGAGUGUGAGGUGGCACCUAUCACCAGCAUCUACCAGACAAAGAAGACGGAGCUGAGUGACGGGAUUGCCAUGAUGGUUGGUAACAACGACAGGAUGCAAGGCAUCAUUAGUCAGCUAGAGGAAGCCUGUCGUGCCAUAGAGGAGAAUGGUCGGAGGCAGAAGACUCUGGUGUGUGAGAAGUUUGACCACCUGUACUCCAUCUUGGAAGAGAAAAAAAGGGAGAUGAGUCAGAAGGUCACAGUCGAGCAAGAGGAGAAGGUGAAUUAUAUCCGGGGGCUGACCAAGAAGUACGGAGACCAUCUAGAGGAGAGCUGUAAGAUUGUGGAGAUGGGAAUACAAACCAUGGAGGAGCAAGAGAUGGCUGUAUUUCUGCAGAGCACAAAGGAUAUCCUCAAAAAGAUUUCAGAAGCCUCCAGUACAGCACAUUUGGAUAAAAUUGAGCGUGGGUAUGAGAACAUGGAUCAUUACACCGUCAACUUCAAGGAAGAGGGCAAGGCCCUGCGCACCAUCGACUUCAUCCAAGAUGAUGAAGAUGAGGAUGAUGAGGAUGAGGAUGGAGAGGCAGGCACUGAGGAAGGAGAGGGGGCUCAGACUACUUCAGGUGGAGAUGCUGUUACAGCCGCCUCCUCAUCUCCCAGUGCGGCCAUAAGUGCUGCUUCAACCUAG